ACGUUCAGCCAUUACGAGGCUUUGAGGGGGGUGCUGCCUGUUUUUGCACAGGCUCUCACGCAAUAAGAAAAGUCACUAAUAAAUACCUGAAGCAAGGCAAACACCUUCACUUAGACAUAUUUGUAGGUGUUGGGUUGUUGUUUUAUUUCACUAAAUGCUAGGGUGAGUUUUUUUUUUAAACAGAUAUUUCUUUAUUAAGGUGUAUUUAAUUUUCCCUGUCUUUGUAUUCACUAUGACGGCGACUUUAGACUAUUUGGUAGUUUUAUUUAAUACAACAUCUGGGUUCAACGGGGCUAAUCUGGGAUCUGAUGAAAAGGAACUCGUUCAGUUGAUGUGGCAAGUUGUGGAUUUGGCGAACAAGAAGACUGGAAAACUCUGUGAAGUUUUAGUAAGACCCGAUAACUUGGAACUGACAGAAGAAUUCAAAAAAGAAACUGGCCUUCAAGAAGAAGCAAUUUCCGCAGCUGAGCCUUUGGAGAACGUCUUAAAUCAGUUUAAUCAGCUGGUGGCUAAUGAACCAAAUCUUGGAGUGGGAGCUUCAUUCUGUCUAUGUACUGAUGGGCAGCUUCAUAUUAGACAAGUCCUUCACCCAGAGGCAUCCAACAAGAAUGUCAUGCUGCCUGAAUGUUUUCAUUCAUUUUUUGACCUACGAAAAGAAUUCAAGAAAUGCUGCCCUGGUGCACCUGAUCUUAAAGACCUGGGUGUUCAAGUUAUGGCCAAUUACUUAAACAUUGAAACUGAUCCAGCCAGUUACAGAGGUGCAGCUUUCCAAGUUCAAACUAUGGUUCACAUUAUUCUGAAACUGAUUUCAGAUCCAAUCCACCAUAGAUUCUCUAAUCCAGAAAGAGUGAAUCACAAAUUUGAAACGGGUACCUGCAGCAAGAUGGAAGUCGUUGAUGACAACACUGUGAUCAGAGCACGGGGGUUGCCCUGGCAAUCCUCUGACCAGGACAUUGGCAGAUUUUUCCGGGGUCUCAACAUUGCAAAAGGGGGAGCUGCACUAUGUCUAAACGCACAAGGAAGAAGGAAUGGGGAGGCGUUGGUGAGAUUUGUGAGUGAGGAACACAGAGACCUAGCACUGCAAAGACACAAACACCACAUGGGAAAUCGAUACAUUGAGGUUUACAAGGCCACAGGAGAGGAUUUCCUUAAAAUUGCUGGAGGUACUUCCAAUGAAGUGGCUCAGUUCCUCUCCAAAGAGAACCAAGUGAUCGUUCGCAUGCGUGGUCUCCCAUUCACCGCCACUGCUGAAGAAGUCUUAGCAUUUCUUGGUCCCAGCUGCCCUGUCACCGGUGAGAAAGAAGGAAUCCUUUUUGUCAAGUACCCUGAUGGCAGGCCUACGGGGGAUGCUUUUGUAUUAUUCGCGCGUGAGGAAGUCUCACAAAAUGCCCUUAAGAAACACAAGGACAUUCUGGGGAAGAGGUACAUCGAACUGUUUAAAAGCACGGCAGCAGAGGUGCAGCAGGUGUUGAACAGGUAUACCUCUGCGCCUCUCAUACCUAUAUCCCCUCCCAUCAUUCCUGUACUACCUCAACCAUUCGUGCCCCCUCCCAGUGUCAGAGAUUGUGUCCGUCUGAGGGGCCUACCCUACAUCGCAUCCAUCGAGGACAUACUGGAGUUUCUCGCAGAGUUUACUAUGGACAUCAGGCCUCAUGGCAUCCACAUGGUGUUAAACCAGCAGGGUCGUCCUUCAGGAGAUGCCUUCAUCCAGAUGAAAUCCCCAGAGUGGGCUUUCCUGACAGCGCAGAAGUGUCACAAGAGAACUAUGAAGGACCGCUACGUGGAAGUCUUUCAGUGUUCAGCAGAAGAUAUGAAUAUUGUAUUAAUGGGGGGCACAUUAAAUCGGAAUGGCCUGUCCCCGCCGCCAUGUAAGUUACGACGUCUGUCUCCUCCUGGGUAUGUCUUUCCUACCCCUACAGCGGUUAUCCCUGCAGAAGCUGCCGGCCUCUUUCAGCCCCAAAUGCUUCUCAAUCCCCGGGCCCUGCAGCCUCCCACAGCUUUCUACCCCGCUGGCACUCAGCUCUUCGUGAACUACGCUGCAUACUACCCAAGCCCCUCUGGCUCCACAAACAGCCUGAACUACUUUGCCUCGCCUGCUGCCGCCCCCACCAUGGCUCAGCCUGGAGCGAUGGUCAGGAUGCAGAGCCUGGCCUAUAACAACACAGGUGUCAAGGACAUUCUCAACUUCUUCCAGGGCUACCAGAAUCGUCCAGAGUCUGUGAUGAUGAUGAUGAUGAAUAAUUUGUAUGAACAGCCCAUCAGCAAUGCCUUAUUAACAUGCCCCGCCCUGCAGUCAGCCAAGCAAGCUGUACAAGACAGGAACCGUUCUCACAUUGGGAUCCACUGUGUGGACCUUCAGCUGCUGUAGAAAGGCCGACGCGCAAUAUCAUGGGGACACAUUAUAAAACCCUGUGAGUCGAAUAACAAAGUGGAGCUUAACUCACAUUUUAAAAAAAAACAUUGGUUUAAGCUUUCGCCUGAACUUUUUUUGUUGUAAAUA